AUGAGUGGAAACCAGCUUUCAGGAUUGAUUCCCCCAUCAUUGACAAAUUUGAAACAGCUUUCAUUUCUCGAUCUUUGCUAUAACAACUUGGAAGGACCUAUUCCGGAUUUUAACGGCGAGAACAAAGCAUUGAAAAGCUUAUAUUUGUGCAGAAAUCGGUUAAAUGGAUCCAUUCCCAGAGGAUUAGGUCAACUUUCAUCGCUUCAGUAUCUGUAUCUACGCUUUAACGAAUUGACGGGAACAAUUCCAGAUGAGAUAUGGAACUUGGGAAGCCUCCAACAAUUGGAGUUGCAAGAUAAUCAGAUACAUGGCCAGAUUCCAGAAAAACUGGGAAACCUUAAAAAUCUCGAGGAGAUGUUGUUAAUGAACAAUAAUUUCUCCGGUGAGAUACCGAAGAGUAUUGGCCAGCUGACGAAGUUGCAAUCUUUGACUAUAACUGAUGUAUUAGGAGGCCCGAAUGGCAAUUCAUUUCCUGAUCUUCAAAGUUCGGUCAAAUUGGGAACCUUGGUACUAAGGAACUGUUCACUCACUGGUCCAAUUCCUCCCUAUAUAGGGCGAUUGACACAGCUAACUCGACUGGACUUGAGCUUCAACAUGUUGAGUGGAAGUAUUCCAUUAAGUUGGCCUGAAAAUUUCACUUCAAUAUUUUUAAGGAGCAACAAAUUUAAUGUAUCACUUCCUGAAUGGGCUUCCGAUGGGACUAAUGAAGUCUAUGUCGACGUUUCAGACAAUCUUUUCAUAAAUAGAACAAGGUUUCCGAAUGACACCAUAUCCCGUAACAAAAACUUGUUUGGAUGCUGCGUUGAUACAGGAGAUGUGAAAAAUAAGUGGUUAGACGUUAAUUAUCACUGUGAAAACGAUACAUCAAAGUUUGAUCGCGUAUACAUCAAUUGUGGUGGAAAUGAUACAUAUAUAAAUGGAAACCACUAUGAAUCCGAUCUGAACCCAGAUGGGAUGUCAACUUUUGUGUUGAGCAACAAUUCAGCUUGGGGUUACAGUAGUAUGGGAUCAUAUGCUUAUGCAUCAUCUGGGCAGUAUAUUUUGAGCGAGACUUGCAAUGUUUCCAAUAUAGCGGAUGCACCUCUCUACACGGGUGCUAGAGUGGCUCCGAUUUCACUCAAAUAUUAUGCAUUUUGUUUGAGAAAUGACACUUACACCGUAAGGCUUGACUUUGCUGAAAUUGGUUGGGAUCCUACUGGUGUCCUUCAAGGGAGACGAGUGUUUAACGUCGACAUUCAGGGAAAGAAAGAAUUGCAAGAUUACAACAUAGAACAAGAAGCUAAAGGCAUCUACCAAAAUACUUCACAAGAGUUUAAUGUGACUGUAAAUGAUAGUAGAUUGGAAAUUCACUUGUAUUGGUCUGGCAAGGGCUCGGUUUCUGUUCCACUUUACUACGGUCCACUCAUAUCUGCCAUUGCAGUAUUUCCUGUUCCGCGACCACCCAAAAAGAACCACAAAGUUUCUCCUGUGACUGUGGGGUCGAUUGUUGGAUCUUCAUUCAUAUUUGUGGUGUUAAUCCUAGCUUUGCUUUGGAGGUUUGGUUUGCUUGGAAAGAAAACAAAAAAAGAUGGUGUUGAGUUGUAUCCUGGAGGUAUUUUCAACUUUCAAGAGAUAAAGACAGCUACUAACAAUUUUGACGCUACAAAAAAAGUAGGCCAUACUGGAAGUGUUUAUCAGGGUGUGCUAGCAGAUGGUACUGAGGUAGCAGUGAAACAACUUAGUUGCAAGUCAAAACAUGAAACCCAUCAAAUCAUAAAUGAAAUUGGGAUGAUUUACACACUCCAACAUUCAAAUAUUGCAAAGCCAAUGGGCUGUUGCGUGAAAGAAAGACAAGUCUUACUUGUCUACAAGUACAUGGAAAACAUCUCCCUUCAAUAUGUUUUAUUUGAUGAUGAAGAAGUUAGAUCAAAACUGAAUUGGCGAGCAAGGUUCAAGAUCAUUCUUGGCAUGGCAAAGGGUUUGGCAUUUCUUCAUGAGGAAUCGAAACUGGAUAUCAUACACAGCAACAUUAAACCCACAAAUAUACUUUUGGACAAAGAUUUUAACGUAAGGAUUUCCGACUUUAGGUAUUCCGAGCUUCAUGAUGGCCAAUCUAAUAAAGAGGAAACUACUUUUCGCAAUAUGCCAAGAGCCAAAGACACGGGACAUAUGGCACCAGAAUAUAUGCAAGGUCUUCCGUUAACCCCUAAAGCAGAUGUCUAUAGUUUUGGACUUGUGACACUUGAAAUCAUUAGUGGACUUCCCCAUAUUAUCGUCAAAGCCAAGGAAGACAUUCAACUUCUUAACACGGCUUAUAAAUACCAUGAGGAAGGUGGUCUUGAAGCUCUAAUUGAAAAAAGGUUAUCUCAGAGCAAAGACUAUAAGUUUCAUGAAGUGGUUACCAUACUGUAUUUGGCGAUGAAGUGUGUGAGUCCAAGCUUUGAUCUCAGGCCAGCCAUGUCUGAAGUUGUUGAAAUUCUUGAAGGAAAGAAGAAAUUCAAAGGCAAACGCAUCAAUCCUUCACAUGAUAUUGAGUCAAGUCCUAACGUGGUGACCCCAACUUCAGAAUCCAGUUCAAAAUCUGAAGGUAUUUCUCAGGAGGAAUCUUCAACCAUCAAUUAA